UCCAGAAACCAGUCUCUGAAGGCCCAGCAGCCCGUCUCCUGUUGAUAUUCGGAUUCAGGGCCGUCGAUAAGCUAUGACCCACUGGAUUUCGGCCCGCAAACGAUUUUCAAGUUGGUGGACUUCCCUCGUUAGAAGAAAUUAAAACUGCAUUUUUGUGGAAUUAGCUUUAGGGUUGAUAAGAAAAGGUUAAUAUACGGCACAUCUGUUCAAUUUGAGGUCCGACGUAACAUCUAUAAGGUGUCACGAAAAAUGUUCUAACUAAUGUCGUAUACCUGUGUCAUAAUGCUUAUUUAUGUAGUUUCGGUCUUUCUGUUUCAGCCAUUCGACAUGGCUACGAUUAUAAACGAAUAAUUCCACCACUUAUUCCCAAUCAUAAAGGAACCUGGGUUAAAGUAACACAUCUCUAUCAUGUAGUUCAGGAUUACGAUAUUGUAGUGCUGCUCGAUGGAGACGCAUAUAUUACCGAUCCACGAAUGGACAUAGAGUUUCUGAUGAAGCGCUGGAAUUUCACAAAAGCAAGCAGUAUAUUAAUGGCCAGUGACCCUGGAGGACCGGAUAAUCAAGAUAGUAAAGGUCGAGCAACAGCAAACUGGGGAUUUGUAAUUGCUCGAAACACUAAUCUGACGAAAGCUAUACUAAAAAAUUUGUCUCGAUGUGUCAGAGAUAUUCCAGGUUGUGAAAAAUGGGCAGUUACUUGGAGCUACGAACAGCGGGCAUUUAGCGAGUAUUUCAGAGAUAAAAUGAAGAUUGGAUCUGAGCUAAUUUUAGCUCCUUGCUCUGAAGCGAACGGAUUCGCCACGUCCAAUUCGGGUUGUUUAGGAACAUUUGUAACACACGUUUGGACAGAUAAACCAUCCAUGGUUAAAAGAUUCCAAAAACUGAUGAUGGACGACUUAAUGAUGCUGCUAGAAGACAAGUUAUGGCUCGAUAAGCACGUCUCAGAAGUUGUCACAAAUGAUAUAGAGAAGUAA